AUCUAUGGAAAUGACUACUCAGGACAUGAUAUAAAACAUGAGACGAGAUAGAGAUGCGAACAUAGAAUUCCACUCCGCAGAUUUCCCAAGCUCUCUCCAUUACAAGUUUACAACAAGCACGCACGCACCCAAUCUUAAAUUUUAAGGUCAGCCCUCCUCUUAACUCACCUCACCCAUUUUUCAAUUCACUUGUUUAAUGUAAUUUCUUACAACCCUAGUUCAAUUACACACAUAUGUUUGAUACUUGCACGACUUAACAACUAGUGUGUGAUCAAUUUGCUUGUAAUUAGUUUAAUUGAGAUCAAUCUUGUUUCACAAUUGUAAAGAUUUAAUCUUUAUGAUCAAAUGAAAAAUGGGGAUGGUGAGAAAUCAUCAGAUCAUGUUGUUGGUGGGUUUUUGCCAUGGCAAGGUCAACAGUUUGAUGAAAGUGUUAAUCUUUCGCCUGUUUCGUCGAGGUACUCGUCGUGUGGGGAGUCAGAGUUUGAUAGGUAUUGUAGUGCCAAUUCGGUGAUGGGGACCCCCAGUAUGUGUAGCUCGGUUGGGCCUUUUCGUGAGGCUGAGUCGGAGUUUGGGUCUUUUAGGAGUUUGGAUGGGUUUAGUUUGGGAGGGAGUUUUGAGAGGAAAAUUGAUGAUAAGAAGGUACCGGAAUUUGGUAGAAGAAUUGAAUCGAGUGGAACGGAUAUUGGUUUGGAGAGAAGGAAUGGUUUAGGAUUUGGACAAGGGUUCGUGAGGAGUGAUGGAGAAGUGAAUCGACAUGAUGAUUUUUCGGGCUGUAUGGAUUUUGGUGAGCAGAGUAGAGUAGGAGGGAUUCCUGACUUGAGUACUGCUCUGGAUGACGGGCUUUAUGACGAGGAUGGUGGUGGGCGUGUUUUGAAAUGGGAUUGUGCUACAUCGAGGGUGAUGCAAAGUAGUGAUGAUUAUGAUGGUAAGCUGCAGAAAGAAAGUGCAGAAGUUGACCAGGAGAUUGUGUCAACAAGUGGAGUUGCUAUGCUUAGUGGUGAUUCACAUUGUUCCCCAAGUACUGAACGAGUUGACGGUUGUUUAGUAAAUACAGGAACUGAUAUGGGAUGUAACAUGAUAGAUGGUGGGAGAUGCUCGGAUGAGGGCGAAGCCUCGUCCAGGUAUGAAUAUUCAGAAGGCGAGGAUUCAUCAUUUGGCUAUGGUACAGGUGAUGAGAAGCAGAUAAAUCUUUAUGAUAAAAGAAACAUAGGUUAUUCCGAAGAUAAAGUUAGAAGGGAAGAAAAUGCGUUGCUUAUGAACUCUUCUGUGGCAUUUGGUUCAGAUGACUGGGAUGAUUUUAUGCAGGAAACUUGUGCGAAUCCUAUAACAUCAAUGGCACAGGAUGACUUAUGGGUUCAGAAACAAAUAAAUGGUGGAAGUGAUGCAGAUAAUCUACAUUCAACUUCUGCAUCUAACGUGGGGUUACAAAAUAUAUGUUUGCCAGUGCAACAAGAAGGUGCAGAAAACAUUCUUCGUAAUGGCAGUCAAGUACAAGAUGUGAAUGAAUUAACUUUGGAUAUGGGAACUUGUUCUACUGACGGUCUUUUGGAGUUUGGUGAUGCAGGGGAAGAUUAUAUGAGCGCAGAAAAAUAUAUAUCCAAAAUUAGCCAGCCAGCAGACUUGCCUCAGCAGUGCUCUGAGAGAAAUGUAUAUGUAAAGGAACAUGAUUUGCUAGUAGAAGAUCUAGAUAUAAAAGCAGGUUCAAAUAUUGGUGAAAAUAAAACAAAAGAUGGACAUUCGUGUACAAGUACCAAAGAUAAACAUAGAAUUGUUCAUUCCUCGAAAAGUAUCAAUUAUGAGAAAACGAAACAGCAGUUGGAUUCUCCUUCUAACGAAUCACUUAGCCAUCUUCAUUCCACUUUAAAGGAAGUUUCAGAAGUUAUGGUGAAAGAAUCCCUUGAAGACCAGGUAUCAAAUUCAUUGCAGGCACAAAUUAUUGAAAAUAGGACAACCAAGGAAUUUCCUGCUUCUAAUCACCCUGCGCCAGUUGAGGCAGGAACUCAUAAAAUAAAUGAAUAUUAUGAUGAGAUCGUCCAUGAGAUGGAAGAUAUAUUACUGGAUUUUAAUGAACCUCACGGGGCUAGAUUUGUACAGAGUAACAGGUCAUCUCUGUCCCAGAUAAGUAUGCCAUUAAGAGAUGGUGGGUCUACAGCUUCGACUUCAAGUUCUGAAAAUGCUUAUUUACUAAUGAACCGCCCUGUGAGAAUUGAUAAGGUGGAUGUAGUUGGUGCAAGGCAAAAGAAAGGGAACGUUUCACUGAGCGAAAGACUAGUUGGAGUGAAGGAAUACACUGUUUAUAAGUUACAAGUGUGGAGUGGAGAGGAUGUGUGGGAAGUGGAAAGACGAUACCGUGAUUUUUGUACUUUACAUCGCCGGUUGAAGACAUUAUCUGCGGAACAAGGCUGGAUUCUUCCUUCUCCUUGGUCCUCUGUAGAACGAGAGUCUAGAAAGUUUUUUGGUAAUGCUUCUCCAGCUGUCAUUGAAGAGAGAAGUGUUCUUAUCAAAAACUGUUUGCAAUCCCUUAUUGAUUCGCAAUUCUCAUCUAGUCAUUCAGGUCCCCUGAUUUGGUUUUUGUCCCCACCAAAGGAUGAUCCCUGUUUUCUGGCAUCUGGUAGUGAAAUGCUUCAGUCAACAGCCCCUACUGGAGAUGGUGCGGGAAACAUAUCUGCCUUUGGCACAACUAUAUCCCUUGUUGUUAAAAUCUGGCCAAACAAAUCUAAGAGACAGAUUUUAGAAGAACAACAUUACACAUGUUGGGGAUGCCACAAACAUUUUGAUGAUGGAAAAACUCGCAUACUGGAUUUAGUACAGACUCUUGGAUGGGGCAAGCCUCGUCUUUGUGAGUACAGCGGUCAGUUAUAUUGUGGUGCUUGCCACACAAAUGAAACUGCUGUUUUGCCAGCCAGAGUUUUGCAUUCCUGGGAUUUCACUCAAUAUCCAGUUUCUCAACUGGCUAAGCAUUAUCUUGAUUCUAUCCACGACCAGCCCAUGUUGUGCGUCAGCGCCGUUAAUCCUCUUCUUUUCUCAAAAGUUCCUGCGCUUCAACUAGUUACUAAUGUUAGGAAAAGAAUAGGAGCUAUGCUGCCAUAUAUUAGAUGCCCUUUCCGCAGAACCAUAUUCAUAGGGCUUGGAUCUCGGAGGUACCUUCUUGAAAGCAAUGAUUUCUUUGCACUUAGAGAUCUAAUUGAUCUUUCGAAAGGUGUUUUUGCAGCGCUUCCGGUGAUGGUAGAAACUGUUUCAAAGAAAAUCCUGGAACAUAUCACAGAACAAUGUCUUGUAUGUUGUGAUGUGGGUUUCCCGUGUAAUGCUCGACAAGCCUGUGAGGAUCCAUCUUCUCUCAUUUUCCCUUUCCAGGAAGGAGAGGUUGAAAGGUGCAGAUCCUGUAAGGUAGUUUUUCACAAACCAUGCUAUAAAAAGAUAGCAACUUGUCCUUGUGGAGCCCACUUAAAGCCAGACAAGACCAAGAGGCUUGCAAGUGAAGGCAGUAUGACUACCGAAGGUGAUGCAUACGGCACUUUGGAGUUGCUUGGCAGGCAGGACGAUUCCUGGUCAUCAGCCAACUUUCUGUCGGGAUUGUUCUCAAAGGCAAAACUGGAGAAGUUAUUGGUGCAUAAAGAUCAUGAUAAUAUCAUUUCAAUGAGUUCAUUACCGAGCUCCUCCCUCUGAGUGCAUACAUUACUGCAUUCUAUACCUAGUAUAUACCAUAGCUGUCGAACCACCAGAGUGUGUAAUCGUAUAUCGCUAGACUGUUGAUGUACCAAUUAAAUAGCAUGGUAAUGCUUCUUUUUGUGUGUAUAUGUAUCAUUGAAGCCCUUGUUCUUGGAAAACUUGAUGUACUGUUUGUGCCUGGUGGCCUGCAGAAGAUAUAGUUGUAGGUUGUAUUGUUUUCUCUUACAUUUGAUGUCAAUGACCCAACAUCUGUAUUCAUUGUAAACCAUUUUUAUAAAUCUUAAUAUACAUGUAAUGAGAAUCAUAACAUUUUAUUUAUUAAA